CCUCCAGCCCAAAACAGUGCUUGUCUUUUUAAAUUUGUCAACAGACAAAGAAGCAGGAAUCUUGAUGGUGAAGCAUAUCAUUUCCAUGGCAACAAGACAUUCUUCAGAAUAUUGAGAUAAUUAUUCAAGUUUAAAUCCACCUAAACUAAUGGGCAGAAACUUGUAAUGUUCUUCAAACAUAUUCUUGCCUCACAAGAGGACUUUUAUUUUGGAUUUCCCCCGUAUCUCUAUUGCCAACCUGAAACAGGUGUCCGCCACAGGGAUAGUUCUCUUAGUGCCAGACGUGCUUUAGUGACGACUAAUAAUGCUAAUGCUAAAUCAAUACCGCAUUAAUGUUACAAAAUAUUUAAUUUGCAUGGCUAUGUUCAUGUUCUUAGAAUUUACUCUGGGUCAUAAUAAGGAUUCAGAAGUACAGGGGUGCAAGAAGGCCCGUCUUAAAGAGGAUACGUGUGUGUAUUCAAGCAUGGCUAAAAUCUCCAAGCCAGCACCCAGGUGGGAGGGGACUGCUGUCAUUGACGGGCAAUUUAAAACAAUCAAAUUGUCUGAUUUUCUUGGGAAAUACCUGAUCCUCCUUUUCUAUCCACUGGAUUUCACAUUUGUCUGCCCCACGGAGAUAACUGCCUUCAGUGACCGUGUGGAGGACUUCCAUGCCAGCAACACUGAGAUUGUGGCUUGCUCUGUGGACUCACAGUUUGCACACAUGGCCUGGAUCAGCACCCCCAGGAAACAAGGGGGACUGGGACCAGUAAAAUUCCCCUUGUUGUCAGAUGCAACACAUCAAAUUUCGAAGGACUACGGUGUGUAUAUGGAAGAACGUGGGCACACACUGAGAGGUUUGUUCAUCAUCGAUGACAAAGGGGUUCUGAGGCAGAUUACCAUCAAUGACCCUCCAGUGGGGCGCUCUGUGGACGAGACACUGAGGCUGAUACAAGCCUUCCGGUACACUGAUAUCCACGAGGAAGUGUGUCCUGCAGGCUGGAAACCUGGCAGCAAAACGAUAAAACCUGAGGAGGUUCUGAAGGAGUGGUGGCCAAGAGAGGAAUUAUGAGUGGAUGAUGUAUCACUUUGGGAUGCAAAUGUUGUCAACACAGUGGCCAACAAGAAGCAAGACACACGCCAGCUUAUUUUGAACAGUAAAUGUACACAUUUAAACAAAUAAAAAGAAAUGGUACUUUCUUUUUCUUGACACUGCCUCAUUCUA